AUCCGCCUCGCUGAGAACUGGUUUGAUAAAAUGAUUAGAGAGGCGGAUUUGGAAAUGGAUGAUCGAAGAGAGCACGAGCAGAAUAAUGCAAAUGAUGAGAUGAAUUCUAUUAAAGCGCAAGAGAUUGAACUGCAAGCGGAACUGAGAGCUGAACUAGCUGAACCCCUUCCCAGCGUAGAUCAAAUGAACCUUCCGAAGACGCGCUAUAUCAACCCAGAUGUUGUGGCGCAGUACACAAAGGUGGCUUCAUCAUCAACCAAUACUCUAGAUUCAUUAGAAGAGAAACUGGCCGAAGCAGAAGUAAAAAAGAAGAAGGCAAGGAAACUUAUCACAACCCAUCAGUUGAAAGCAAAACCGUUCAAGCGUAAGAAGAAAUCGUAG